CCAGGGUUGACGCGUGGUUGACGGGUGACGGGUCCAUGGCUGAGCACUGGCAAAAUUCCCCUUAAAGAAUAUGAGAGCAUCGUUGACCAACUAGAUCUAUCUUUUCAAGUCCGGAGGCUGCUACUUUAUUGUAGGAAUGACACUGCUCCUCUUUUAUUAUAUCAUGAAUUGCUUCUGCAACUUCUCUUGUCCCUGUUGCUGUGUUUUCAAGCAAUCUAGUAAACGCAGAGGAGAAGAUGAACCAGGCUGCCAUGUCUGUGAAUCCUUGUUCUUGCUGAUGCUUCAAAAGUAAGACAUAGAUAGCUCUGGAUUAUUACCAUUUUCUGACUCUUCUAUGGUUUCAUCUCUGCUUGCAGGUUCAGCAGUGGGCUUGAAAUGGCAAAUUUGGUGGUCAGCUCAGGCCUUCUCUCCCAUUCCUGGGCUGCAAUCGGGUACGGAGACAAUUUGUUACAUGACCUAACCUUGCAUGUAUCCAUUAAACAUAGAGUUCAUCAGCAGCCACCCAAUUGUACUGUUUUAGCUUUUGCUCCUUUGGCCCCUUUUACUGCACAGUAUCUUCAGGGAGAAGGAAGAGAUUUAGUUUCAUCUGCAGCUCUGCGAGAGCAUUUCCCUCUCUUUGAAUUUGUGGGCACCAAAGUGAACCCAUCCUUCUCCAUUCACAGAGCUGCAGUGACCCUUUUUUGCUCUCUCCAGGAUAAACUCUCUUCCCUCAAAGCCCAGGUCAGUAAAGAGUCUCCAUUAAUUGUCACCGGGCACUCUAUUGGAGGAUCUAUAGCGGUGCUUUUCACCUUAUUGCUGCUGGAAAGUAUUCCUGAAAGGGACACUGGAAGCCUGCUGUGCAUCACUUUUGGUUCACCCCUUAUUGGUGACAAUGGCUUCCAGCAAGCUAUCUCAGAACGUCCAACUUGGAAUCCUCGCUUUCUGCAUGUGGUCUAUGAUCAUGAUCCCAUCCCUAGGCUCUUUGUGUCGCCACGCAAUGUUGAGCCAACUUCUAGUGCCAGUUUCUACAAGCCGUUUGGUACAUUUCUCUUGUGCUCGGGGUCAGGUUGUGCCUGUUUUGAGGAGCCCGAAUCAGUCUUGGACUUGAUGUUGGCAAGGAUGAGCUCGGGCAGUGUUGGAACACACGGUCCUGCCAACGGGGGCAUGCAGAUGAAUGGGAUUGGUGAAUGGGAUUAUGGAGGUAUUUUGUCAAAAAUUAUGAAUGGAGCAAUCUGUAAAGGAGUUUCAGGCCUUGGUCAACGGGAUUUUGGUACUCUCCAGACAGGAAUUAUCAUACAGAUGGAUGCAAUUGAAAUUGAAGUAUUUAAGAAAACACAUAGUGUAGGUGAAAUCCCUCACCUAACACAAGGACGACUACAGAAUGGUGCCAUCAAUGCACUCGCCUUAAAAAUUGUGAGAAGAGCAGAGGAUCUUCUAGCCUCCAAGAGGAACAUCUUUAAUCCCUUGAAGAAACUAAAUAACACCAAAAUAAACAUGGCACACAUUGAAUGGUACAAGAAGGCUACAGAGCGUUCAGGAGGCUACUACAAUGCUUUCAGGGUCGAGGAGUCGAUGAGAAGGGCGGAGAUUGUUAAGCGCAAGAGUUUCCUGACACAGUAUUGGAAGAGGAUGGUCAUGGAAGCGGAGAAAUUUCCCCAGAAAGAGGGGGUGUUUUCUCGAAAGGCCUGGCUACUUGGAGGGACAAACUACCGAAGGUUGGUUGAGCCGCUUGACAUCGCCGAGUGGUACGGAAAGGGAAAGGAGGACUAUCUAGCAAACAGGUCUGAACAUUAUAAGCUCUUGGAACAAUGGGUGGUGGAAUAUGGGAAACUAGCAGCGAGUCAGCAAAGCAACGGAAACGUGAGAAGCAGGCCUGCUAGUCUCACUGAGGAUUCUUGCUUCUGGGCACGCGUUGAAGAAGCUAUCAUUUCUUGUAAACGAUUGAAGCAAUUAGGAGGAGGGUGCAGAGAAGAUGAAAAAUCAUUGAGGGAGAGCUUGGAGAAGUUCGAAAACCAUGCCAUGGAGUUGAUAAACAAGUAUGCAGUGUCUUCUGAGAUCUUCUUCAAGGAAAGCAGGUUCAUGUUAUGGUGGGAAAAUUACAAGGAAAUCAUGGGUUCUUCUCAUCACUCAUCCCUUGCUGAUUUCAUGAGGAACCGCAGAUAUAAAGAUUGGAUAAACGUGUGACAGUGAGGAUGCCACCGCUCCUGCCUUUCAAAAGCUUAGCCGCAUUACACGCUCUAUUGUUCAUUCAGUUUCAGUACCACUGCACGCACUGUAUACUGUGUCAAGCCUACAAACUCCAUGUACAAAUAACAAUUUCCAAUUAUUUUCAUGUGGGUAUCCAUUGAAGCAUCUUUUUAAUUAAGAGAUGGAUGAUGGUAAGCUGGACCAGGCGAGCACAUGUUACAUGGAGAUAGAUAGACUACAAGCCAGAGCCAGAGCCCGCAUUCAUACUGAAAUUUUUUUGUAUACUUUUGUUCGGCCUCAACCUCAACCUCAACCAUCAUCCCGCUGGUAAUAACUUUAACUGGCUUCGAAUUUCUUUAUUGGGUGGGUCACACUUCAAAUUGAGCAUCUGUUUGUUUCCCUGCUUUUCCUACUAACUAAGACUUAAAUUCAUUUUUAUAUAAUAAUAGAAUUUAUUAUGUUA